GACCCAAAUGACCAGAACGGAGAUCUUAAACCCGACCCGGUUCCCCUCUCUCAAAUCCCCACACUACAGCGGCGGCGGCGGGGACGCUAGCUUCAUGGAACAGCUCCUCCUCCACUGCGCCACCGCCAUCGACUCCAACGACGCCGCAUUAACUCACCAAAUCCUCUGGGUCCUCAACAACAUUGCCCCUCCCGACGGUGACACCUCAACCCAACGACUCACCUCCGCCUUCGUCCGCGCGUUGCUCUCACGCGCCGUCUCCAAAAUCCCCACACUCUUCUCCACCGUAUUCCAACCACCAACCGACGAAAUCCACCGGUUCUCAGUCGUGGACCUCGCCGGGUUCAUCGACCUAACUCCCUGGCACAGGUUCGGUUUCAUCGCCGCCAACGAGGCGAUCUUAACCGCCGUGGAAGGCUACUCAACGGUGCACAUCGUUGACUUGAGUUUGACUCACUGUAUGCAAAUCCCUACUCUCAUAGACGCAAUGGCAAACAAACUCAACAAACCUCCGCUUCUAAAACUCACUGUAGUCUCCUCCUCAGCCUCAAGCUUCCCACCGUUCAUCAACAUCUCCUACGAAGAGCUCGGUUCUAAGCUCGUCAACUUCGCCACCACUAGAAACAUAGAAAUGCAGUUUACAAUCAUACCUUCAACGUACUCGGACGGCUUCUCCUCACUGCUGCAACAUUUACGAAUCUACCCUUCUUCCUACAACGAAGCACUCGUCGUUAACUGCCACAUGAUGCUCCGUUACAUCCCCGAAGAAACCCUAACUCCGUCAUCGUUAUCUCUCCGAAACGUUUUCUUGAACCAACUAAGAUCUCUGAACCCAACACUCGUAACCCUAAUAGAAGAAGACGCGGAUCUCACGUCGGAGAAUCUCGUCACGCGGUUGAGAUCGGCGUUUAACUACUUCUGGAUCCCUUUCGACACGACGGACACGUUUAUGAGCGAGCAGAGGAGGUUGUACGAGGCGGAGAUAAGGUGGAAGAUAGAAAACGUGGUGGCCAAGGAAGGUGUGGAGAGAGUUGAGAGGACGGAGAGUAAGGAAAGGUGGCUUGAGAGGAUGAGAGAUAAUGAGUUCGGUGGGGUUAGGGUUAGAGAAGAGGCGGUUUCGGAUUUGAAGGCGAUGCUGGGGGAGCACGCCGUUGGAUGGGGGAUGAAGAAGGAUGAUGAUGAUGAGAGUCUUGUGCUGACGUGGAAAGGUCAUAGUGUUGUGUUUGCUACCGUUUGGGUUCCGAUUUAG